CGUGAACAGGUGCAACGAUAAUCUUUCUUCCUCUUAUUUUUCUUCUUUUUUUUCUUCUUUUGCUUCUUCUUUAAUUAGAUCAACAUCAAUUUUCAACCUUGAGCAUAUGUUAUUUUUUGAAGAAAAUAAUGAAAAUCAUGCACAAAGUGAGACAAUGAUAAUAUCAACGGGCUGAACAACUAUGUGGUGGUGGUGUAUUCUCUAGAGAAUAAUAUGGUGGUUGUGCGAAAAAAAGCGAUUCGAGUUGUGCAUCAUCGUUCAAAUACUAAACGCGACACCUACGUUAAUCUUUGGAAAGAGUUUUUGGUCUUCCAUUCGAGUUUCAACAACAGGGCUAAGAGGUUGACCCUGCCAAAAGAUCACCAAAAGACGAAUAUCGGUAUGAACGUAUCAACGGUAUUUCCCGAGGGUCAUGUGAGAAAUGGGCAAAAAAUACAGCGCGAAAAAUCACUUGCACCGAAAGAAGAAGAAGAAGAAGAAGAAGAAUAUCAUUUGAAGGAACAAUGCCUUCGCGUUAAAGAGUUCAUCGGAGUAGAAGAAGUAGCAAAACUCGAAUUUUUGGUGUCACUUUUUGCCGAAGCCCUUGGAACCUUUCUGUUGGUUCUCAUUGGUUGUGCUUCGUGUAUCACAUGGGUGGAAGGACAAGCGCCAAGUGUGCUGCACAUUGCAUUUACGUUUGGUCUUGCAGUUGCAGCUUUGGCACAGUUUCUGGGCCCGAUUUCUGGUUGUCACGUAAAUCCUGCGGUAACGAUUGGUCUUUUCGUCAGUGGUAAUUGUUCUUUAUUAAAAUCACUUUGUUAUAUCGUUUGCCAAAGUUGUGGCGCGAUAGCAGGAGCCGUUGUUCUCAAGCUGAUAACUCCGAACGAACAAGUGAGUCAAGGAUUAGGUGCAACCGAUUUGGGUAAAGGCGUGGAAGCUGGUCAAGGUAUUGUUAUGGAGGCGAUCAUCACGUUUCUUUUGGUCUUGGUUGUUCAUGCAGUUACAGACCCAAAAAGAAGUGACACGAAAGGAUGGGCACCUCUCGCGAUAGGUUUAGCCAUUUCCGUUUCGCAUAUGGCCGCUAUACCGUUCACCGGUAGCAGUAUGAAUCCAGCAAGAUCUUUGGGUCCUGCAGUUAUCUUGACGUCUUGGUCAAAUCAUUGGGUUUAUUGGGUUGGUCCAAUAGUCGGAGCAGUCAUCGCUGGUAGUCUUUAUAAAAUGGGUUUCAGGAAUACGAAAGAAAUCGAGGAAGCUUCUUACGACUUUUAAAUUAUAACAAAAGUGCUCUAUUUAUUUGGUCAGUAUUACAGUAAAUAAAUAUUAUUGCGGUUAGUAUAAAACUGAACAUUAACUCUUUAGCGAGUUCAAAUACUGACCCAAUAAAUAGCAGUAAAUGAAUAACGAAAAAAGAAACAGAGGGAGAUAAAAUAAAUAAUAUUCAUUGUCUUUUCUAUCGAGCCUGGAGUAACUUCCGGUUGUACAUGUAUACGCGUAAAUCUAAUUCUAAGUUAAUUAUUUGGAAGCACCCUAUAAGUUUUAGAAUAAUUUGUCUUAUACCUCCUAUCAUUAUUAUUAACUUAUUUGCAUCAUUAAUAUGAAUUUGUUUCAUUUGCUGAUGCAAAUUGGUUAAUGCUAUUAUUACAUGCUGCCACUCAUUGUCAGACCCGAUAUUUCGAUGAGCCAGACGACAGUUCGAAACCGAACAUAAAAACCAAAGGUCUUAUCGAAGCUCGAUUUGAGAGCAUUUUCGCUUAUACAUGAUCAUCAGUAUAACGUUGCCAUCUAGUCAAAUCUAACAUUUCCAUCGUCUUUUAAAUUCUCCAAAAUGUCUUCUUUUAAAUGUAUAUCAUCAUAUUUUCAGACAGAGAAAGUAUUGUUCAACUCGUGAAUACUUAUUUUCUACAAAUAAUUAUCGUUUUUUCUUCGCGUUUCUAUUAUUAAAACUAUUUAUUAUUUGUCAUAAUCGUGUAAUAUAGAACGCGAUAAUGAACUUUCGUCAAUUUUUCAACUUCUAUCAAUUUCAAUAAGAAAAAGAAAUAUUUUAUCGAGAUAAAACACGAUUAUAUAGUUUUGUAAUAUAAAUAAUUAGAAAGAAAAAAGAAAAAAAAAAAAAAACAGAGAUCUGCAAAAGGUGUAACACAUAAUUAUUAACACCAUACACUUGUAUUCGUACUCGCAAAUAUUUAACAAUAAGUUAUGUAUUAUGUAUAUAAGAAAAUGUUAAAAUACCUCCGCAUUUAUGCUAUUAUUAAGAUUAGCUUUAUUUUAAUAAGCACACGCUAUAUAAAUUACAAUUGAAAUGAUCGUUGUCGGGUCUCUAUUUUUGUUCAUUCUACAAUUGUCACGCGACAUA